UCUCCUUUAUCUUGUCUUGCGUUAUAAAAGAUUCGCUCUUAUAAACAUUUAUGGAGAUUUAGAAAGAAACUAAAAAUGUACGGUCGAUCGAACAUCGUCAUAAUUUUAGUGCUGUCUAUAGUAUGGCAAGUAUACGGCGCCGACACAACAACCACUGCUAUAACGACUACAGAUGCUGCGACUACUGUCACGGCAACUACUGUUGCGGCUACUACUGACGCGGCAACUACUGCAGCGUCAACUACGGAUGCGGCAACUACUGCCGCGGCAACUACUGCCGCGGCAACUACUGCCGCGGCAACUACUGCCGCGGCAACUACUGCCGCGGCAACUACUGCCGCGGCAACUACUGCAGCGUCUACUACGGAUGCGGCAACAACAACCGACGCGGCGACUACUGUAACGACCACUGAUGCGACGACCGUUACCGCGACUGACGCAACUACUGCUACCACAACUGACGCGGCAACUACUGUGACGACCACUGACGCUGCAACUACGACUGACGCAGCGACAACUGUAACGACGACUGACGCUACAACCGUUACAACGACAGACGCCACCACGACGGAUGCUACAACUGUGACGACGACUGAUGCUACAACUGUUACCACUACUGAUUCUACUACAACUGUGACAACGACUGACGCUACAACAGUUACGACGACUGACGCUACAACUGUUACGCCGACUGACGCUACCACGACUGACGUUACAACUGUUACCACGACUGACUCUACAACUGUUACGACGACUGACGCUACCACGACUGACUCUACAACUGUUACGACGACUGACGCUACCACAACUGACGCUACAACUGUUACCACGACCGACGCCGCAACUACUAUAACGACCACAGACGCGGCCACAACUGUUACCACUACUGACGCGACAACUGUUACAACUACUGACGCUACAACUGUUACAACUACUGACGCUACAACUGUUACAACUACUGACGCUGCAACUACAGUUACAACUGCCUCGCCAACUACUGUAACAACUACUGCGGCGACAACUGUUACGACUACCGACGCGACUACUGUCAUGGUUUGCACGGCAGCCGGGAGAUUUGCGAACACCGCUGAUACAACAUGUCAGACCUAUUAUAUGUGUAUUCUACAAAAUGACGGAUCAUACAGCCAAUAUGAGUACACAUGCCCUAGCAUAUCCGUCUUUGAUCCAGAUAAAGCAGUGUGCACCACCACUUCUUACACUUGCCCAACGGCUUAAUGAAUUUUAUUUAAGUUCCGUUUACACUGAACUUUUUCCAAAAAUUGAACGGAAAAAUCCGGAAGAAAAUUUUGGUUGAUUGCAUUGUCCAUAUUACGAAACUGUGCAAUUGUAUGUUUAAUAUAUUAAAAUUAUCUUUUUGAGAGAUACAUAAUAUACAUUGCUAUGUAUUAAUAUUAAACCGUUAA